AUGACGAUGAAGAGAUACUUCACUUCGCUGGCGAGGAAGAUCCAUCCGCCGCUGCCAAAGACUUCCCGCGAGUCGCAGCAGCUGCUCAACCUGCUCACCUCGUCCUUCCGGCGGCAUCUCGACAGCAAGCACCCGCCCGUCAGUUCGCUAAACACCACCACCACCACCACCACCACCAGCACUACGCCAGAUGAGGCCAGCAAGGGCGGCAGCAAAAUCGGGACGCAGCCGACGGCUACGGAGAAACAUCUAAGCUCGAUCCUGGAGCAUCCCCUGUUCAAUACGAUGCCGUCGACGCUGGGUGCUCGCGAUAUACGGAACGGCAAGCAGAUACAAGAUGACCCGCUGGGAGCACUGGACGAUGCCAUGGCCUUCGGAAGAGCAGACAGCCAGCUGCUGCAUGACUGUCUCAAGGCCCACAGGUCGUCUCUGCGCAGCCUGUCUGGUGAAGAAGGGCGUAGGGCUAUGAAGAAGUCCGGAUGCGGUCCACGCAUUCUCGCCUGGUUCCUGGCGGCAGAUACCGAGUCCAAGAAGCGGUUCUUUGGCAACAGACACACCAUGGCGCUGGCCAUGCCCUAUCUGGCCGCUGAGGGUCGCCAUCGUGCCGUGCUGGACUGGCUGCAGCUUGCCAGGGCCUACCGCCCGGCCCACAGGCAACCCAAACACGCCGACGACGGGAGCUUCCUCGAGUUCAACAUCAUGUACGAGUACGCUGCAGCUGAAGUCAAGUACGGCAGAGGCGGCAUCAACGAUGCGCUUGGUUUCUUUAUUCGAGCUUCAGACGCCUCCUGGAGAUGCGAGAUAGCUGAGCCAGGCAGCCAGGCAGUGCCUACAUACCCUUUCCGUCCCACGGCGUACUACCUUGCCCAGUGGAUAUCAGCUCCAGAGCAUGCCACAGCUGUAGAAAAGAUCCGGCCAGAGCUGUUCAACGCUUUCUACUCCCUUUGUCUCUUACUUCCAAACCGGCUCUGGGCCGCCUUCUUGCCCGUCUAUCACCCGACUGAGCCUAGUGUCAGGUCCGCACUCGAAUACAUACGACGCUAUAAAAGGUCAGAUCGCGAUAAUAUCGAACGCUUGCUCCAUCUUUCUUUCCGGCUAGCUUCGUUGUGCCUAGAACAGAAAAGCUACGCUGCAGCCUCGGAGGUUAUCAGCUUCACUAAGGGCCUCUUACCGGAUGAGACGGCACCUCAGGCUACUUUUACAGAAAAACAGCAGCAGCAGCAGCAACAACUACAGCAACAACAACAAAGUGACCAAGUUAUUUCAGCGAGUGACCUUGUUUCCAAGUUAUCCUUUACAUGA